AUGAGUAAUAGGGUAGUUUUUGUAAAUGUUAAAAAGAAUUGUAAUUCGAUAAUUAACGAUCCUAGACUUAGCAAAGUGAUUAUAUUAGGGGAUGUUAAUGUCGGUAAAACAAGUGUGGUCAAUAGAUUUUGUAGGCAAUCAUUUAAUUUUAAUUAUAAAGCUACAAUCGGCGUCGAUUUUGAAAUUCAACAUUUUAAAAUAUUGAAAACUCCUUUCAACAUUCAAAUAUGGGAUACAGCUGGACAGGAGAGAUUUAGAUGUAUAGCAGCAGCUUAUUACAGGAGUGCACAUGUUGUAGUCACAGUAUUUGAUUUUACAAACAUAAACUCAUUAAGAAAUAGUUUAGAUUGGUUAAAUGAAGCAACAAAUGCAAAUUCGUCACUCCCUCCAUUAAAAUUUUUAGUCGGUACUAAAAAGGAUUUAGUGACCGAUUCUGUUUACACUAAAAUUGAAGAAAUAGCAAUUAAAAUGGCCAAAUCAGUGGAAGCAGAAUAUUGGGCAGUUUCUUCCAAAACCGGAGAUGGUGUGAAAGGUUUAUUUUUUAGAAUAGCAGCUCUUUCUUUUGAACGUAUAAUAAAACAAGAAAUGGAAAUGCCAUUAAUUAAAUGCAAAACGUUAAUUUUAACACAAAAAAAUGACAUUGGAAAAAAAGGCUGUAAAAUCGGAGAUAAAAAAUGCUACAUAAAGUAA